CAGCAAGCAGGCACCCAAAAUCGUCACUUCACCGAUUUGGCCUCGCGCACGACAACCAACGAUCCACGCUCUAGCCAGCAAGAAACAGCACCGACCGACCCUCUCACCUGCUAUACAAAUCGAGCGUCGCAUCCCCCCGCCUAGCCCGGCCGACCUUCCCUCCCGCUUCCGUGCUUCGUUUGUCGAUAAUAACCAGGGGAGCUUCUCGCCCGCUGUUCAAGAUGUCCCUCCGCAUCGUCCCCGCCGACGCGCACAGCAGCACCUUCAGCCACAUCGGCGAGCGUAGCAAGGGCGCGCCCUCCGCCCCGGGCCUGCACGACACGCUGCGCGCGGGCGUCGGCCCGUCCGCCUUUUCGGCCCUCCCCUCCACCUCCUCCGCCGUCCCGCAGACCACGAGCGCCCACCCGCUCGAGGCGCGCCUCAAGGCCUGGGAGGCCACGCAGCACCGGCUGCGCAUGGAGACGCUGCGCCGCACCUUUGGCAUGGCCGAGCCCAUCCGCCGCGAGAUGGAGCUCAAGAUCGCGCGCGACGGCGAGUGGAGGCCGCUCGCCCUCGGCGGCGCCCAGCCGGGCCUGCACGAGGACAUACUCAGGGGCCGCGACGCCACCGUCGACUGGGACGACGUCUUCACCAACGAGGCGAGCCUGCCCGUGGCCGGCAUCCACGACGAGAUGGAGAGGAAGUUGAAGAUCUGAGCUGGCAAGUGACCCGGGGAGGGGAGGAUCAAAGGUGCUUGGUCUGGGUGGGCGGUGCAUGUUUCUGCCUGGAGAGUUGUCGGUAAUGGAACACGGCGAAAGAGGUCAGGUCCAGUCGUUGCUCUGCGAUGAAGGGUAGGGUCAGCUACUGGUGAUAGCAAUGAGGGGUCGGUAUCUCGCCGUGACAGCCGACAUGCGAAUUACAUGAGAAGCCCCCUGAAUUGCAUUACAUCCCAAUGGGGCCGGUCAUCACCGGAGGAAGGGGCCCAGGCUGUCAGCCACACUAUCGAACAACAUGCGCCUCUUUAAGACACAUUCCAAAAAUUAAGGACAUUCUACCCGGCCAUGGACGAUAUCUACUUUGUCCAUGUCCUCUCGCUAAUCGGGUGGUGAACUGUUGUGGAACGGUGUUGGUAGCUAUGGGGAUACAGGCAGCAUGAGUGCGAACCGCAUCAGUACAAAGGGGGGCAGAGAAGAAACAGGCAGUCAGAUGUGCGCCGGUACACCAAAAAAGACAUAAAAUCCCAUCAUAGACAGUGCUCAAAGCUAAGUGUGGAAAGUGAAGUCUGUCCCGCAAAGAACGGGACCGGGAUGGAGGAAGAAGUUGUAGCUGCCACAGAACCGCCUCGAAAUGAAAGCUCGUUGUGAAGCGAUAUGCAAUAAACCAAACAAAUUUGGAAGCCA